UGAAUGGAAGCACAGCAGCGCUCUCUAAUGAGCUGACCCGUCCUCAUGUGGUGCUGAAAUCUACACGGCGAGCUAUCCGUAUCGAGCAGGCUGAAAUCUUCCUCUUAUGUGAGUGGGAAUCAGAAUGGCCUCCAUUAACCUGGAGAACCAGCUGCAGAGUGCUCAGAAGAAUCUGCUGUUCCUGCAACAAGAACAUGCCAACACACUGAAAGGCCUGCACUCCGAAAUCCGCCGGCUACAGCAGCAUUGCACAGAUCUGACUUAUGAGCUGACACUAAAGAGUUCUGACCAGACAGGCGAUAGCAUUUCUAGAAGCGAUGAGCUUCGGAGAAGAUGCGAAGAACUGGAGGCUCAGCUGAAGGACAAAGAAACGGAGAACAACGAGUCGUUAAAGGAGUUGGAGCAGAAAAACGUGAUGAUUAUGGUUCUCGAAAAUACUAUUAAAGAAAGAGAGAAGAAGUACUUGGAAGAACUGAAAGCCAAAAGCCAUAACUUGAACAUGCUGUCCAGUGAACUGGAGCAGAGGGCCAGUACCAUUGCUUAUCUCACAUCACAGCUGCACGCUACCAAAAAGAAGCUGUUCGGUACCAGUGGGGCCCCUGAGGUAGCCCCUCCUGGCAGCCCAGUAAUGUCUAGCUACAGGCCGUCUCCUCCCAAAGAAAAGCAGCCGGAGACUCCAAGAAGAAGAAUGAAGAAGAGUCUGUCCACACCGCUCAAUGCUGACUUUGCAGAGGUCUACAGGCUAGGGUCAGACGGACGAAAGAUAACGUUACGCGAGACUGUGGACGCCAUGCCAGACCCUACUCCUUUUUUGCUGGCGAGACAGUCGGCGGACACGCAGGUCAUCAAAGACAGGCCACUUGUCAUUCCUCCCAUUCGCUCCGACUCCGGCAGUCCGGCUAAAGAGAAGAAGCACAAGGCCCACGUUGGAGUUGCGCAUCGAAUUCCUCAUGCCACCUCUGUGCAGAGACAGGUUGGACCUCAGCCAGAAGUUGAAACCUUAGCAGUGGAUCAAGUUAAUUCCAGCAAAGUUGUUAGGAAGCACUCGGGGACUGACAGAACUAUUUAA